UUUUUUUGUUUAAAUUUUUUGUUUAUCUACCGAAUCUACAUCUUGAAAUUGCUAAAAAUCCCUUUAAUUUGAAAGUAAUUUACGCCACUGAAGUUUGCAUGUUGCGGCGAAACAUGCGAAGGUUUAUUUAAAGGUUUCUCUUCUUUUGUUAUCACCUUCCGUUAUUUUCACCUCAAUAAGCAACGUAUAACUGUAAGAAUUCCCUCGAAUUUAUAGUUUUUCACACCGUAAGUUUACAUACUGCAAGACCCCAUCUUAAUUCACCCUUCCACGAUUUUUCAGACGUUUGUAUUGGUACAAGCACAGACUUAUUUCUCAUCAUACAAACAUCUCUAUCCUGAUGUCGGCCUCUUAUUGAAGAGAUAUCUUUUAUACUUUUCAAGUGAUCGCUGUCAAACAUGACAGAGUUUAAAGCCUUCUUUCUGGCUGUGUUGACAGUCCGUAUAAAAAAGCUACUUCUCGAAGCGAUUUGCACAAGAAUGCAAGUCGAUUCAAGUUUUGUCAACAAUGAGGAAUUUUCGAAAUUCUGACCUGAAUUCCCUUUAACUGAGCGAUGAAAUAUUUACUAUUUUAUUUUCAUUUCUAGAAUAAUCCCGUCGCUGUCACCGAGGAUGCGCUCGGACCUGGUGAAGUUCGUGUAAUUAGCAUGAAUUCACUUCAGUAUAUUAGCAGCUCCUAAAAAGAUCUGCUCGUGCAAGAUCGACAGAAAUAUUAUGGAAGGCCUUCAACCGUGUAAUGCCAUUUACUUAUAGCUGUUGUUUUGUUAUUCAAGUGGUUCUGCACUAAAUUCAUUGCCAAGAAUUUUUAUACGCACUUACAGCAGGGAUACCAAAAGUAGAUAGUCCAGAAAGAGAUUUAGACAUAAAAAGACUGUGGCUUUGAGUCAGACACCUUGUAUCAAUGCUCUUUAUAAUUGGCUGUUUAAAGGUAUGCUUUUCGAAAAAUAAUUUGAAAAAUUUGUAUUAGAACAAUUACGUUAUUAUCAUAUAAAAAAGGUUUGAACUAGCAAUGUUGAGUGUCGUUAACAAAGCAAUAAUUGUAGAUAAGUGUCUAUUCGAAGAAUUAGACAACAACGUCCUAUUGUAUUCCAACCAGAUAGGAUGAGUAUUAAAGUACGAUAGGAAAAAAUUAAGUUGGAGAGAGUCUUAACUUUUUGUCAAGGUUGUAUUGCGUUCAAGAUUGUUUCCUGAAACACUUUAUGGAACAAAAAGUUUUCGAAACGAAAGUUUUCGGAAAGUUUUUCACUAUUACGUGUAAAAAGUCAAGAAACAUAUUGAAGACCAAGGAUAAUCCUUGAGGGCUUGUGCGAGUUUUUCGCAUCAAAGUAUCUCCGAACAAAUUGAGAGGAAUUGAAAGAAUUUGUUUAGAUGCAGAUCUUUCCGUCUUGCGUAAGGACUAUGGAGUAACUGGUCGGCCGACGGGCAGUUCAAAACAGAUACCACAACAUCGUUUUCUAAUGACAUCGAAAAUUCACUUUGUCUGAGCUUGUCAGCUUUACAGUAAUCUAUUCAGUGACGAAGAUAGCAACUUCUAAAUUUUGACUUAUUAUUUUUUUUAGCAAUACAAAAAGUACAGACUACUGCGAUAAACUAUUUUUUUUUCUUUCAGUCUGCACUGGUAAGUUUAUUUACUUCUCCAAUCCUAUUAUUAGAAAGGAUAUCCACAGUCGAAAUGACAUCCUUCUCUCUAGCGCGAAUGAACGUGAAUUUGAAGACUCAGAGCGGAUUUAUAAAUCAUUACAGUUAAAAACAAAGUUUCUUUUUUCUUACAUGACGCUCUGUGACAGCCUGUGUCGCCUGUAUUUAUUUUGAACUAGUACAGCGAUAACCUUUCACAGAUUAGGUCCUCUCUUUAGGGGACGGCAUCUGUUGAUUCGUCUAUAUUUAACGCCUUACGAACCUGUCAGACAAGUGAUCUUAUUUUUCUGUAAUGUGACGGCUGUGCUGUUUCUUUAUCGAGACUCGUUCAAAUUUUUUUUUACUCUUGUUGAUUAAAAAAGAG